GGGAUCGCCGGAGAGACGCGAGACGGGAUGCGAGAGCGCGCGUAGGUGUCGGCGCCGCGGGUACAGCGAGAGACGGCGGAUCGAGCGUCAAAUUCCAGCCGUGGCUCAUCAGAUCCCGAGUUCCGGAGACACCGCGCUCUCCCCCGAGAUGUCUAGCGGCGACGUGCGCGUGCUCCGCCGUGAGCCCGGCCAGGAGAGCCCGAGGAUGCCGGCCUGGAAGAGGGAGAUUCUGGAGCGGCGGAAGGCGAAAGGCAGCGGGGCUGCAGCAGCAGGUGCGUCGGAUGCUGCUCCGUCUCCGAGUGGAGCCGCAUCCCGGCUGAACGGCGAAGUUGAAGUAGCGCCGGGCGAAAACGGCGCCUCGGCGAGCAAAGAGGCCGCCGGCGCAGCCAGGAACUACACCGUCACCACGGCCGGCCAGCACUUCGCCGUGAAGCGGGGCAGCAGCAGCGCCGCCGCCUCGCCGGAGCUCUCCCCGGUGAAGACAAAGAAAGAGCCGUGGACGGAGGAGCGGGAGCGGCUCGUGCUGCAGGACAGCCUGGGCCCCCUGCAGGAGAACCCGUUCAUCAAGCUGGAGAGGGAGCGCAGGCGGCGCCAGGAGCGCGAGGGCGCCGCGCGGCCCGUGCAGCACAUCCUGGAGCUGUACGGCAGCGUGCCCGGCAUCCGCACCAUCCGCGCGGACAACAUCAUCAUCAUCGAGUCGGACCCGGAUUACUUCCCGGAGGGCGGCGGCGGCGGCGGCGGGGGCAAAGCGGGGAGCAGGGGGCAGCAGAAUGGCACGGUGAGCUCGUACAGCUCCCUCAACGACCUGAUAGACCGCCGGGGCAGCGGCGUGACCGAGAUUCGCGCCAAGGAAGUGGUCAUCUACGACUCGUCCCUGAGCAAGAGCGAGGAGAACCUGAGCACGCUGGGGCGGCCCGGGCCCGACGGCUCGGGGGGUCCGGUCGAGGGCCAGGGCAGGGUGAGCCGCAUGCUGCAGAAAUUCGACCGCAACUUCGGCAAGCUGCAGCCCAAGUCCCGCAGCACGGAGAACCUGCUGGACCUGGACGGCGGCCCCAUCCGGCCGAGACCCUGGGCCCCGCAGCAGCGGUCGCACCCGGUGCCAAAACCUGCCGGGAGCCCGGAGCGUUCGCGGUCCGCCGCGGUCUUCCAGAGCUCCGGGUCUUCCGAGGCAGAUGAGCUGGGGAGAGGCAGCCCCCAGCCCGCCGGCUCCCCCCAGUCCGUGUCUUCCUUCCGGCGGCGCUUUGAGGUGUGCGGGGGGCCCGGCCCGGAGGAGGCAGACGGGCCCCGGGCCGGGACCCCGCGAGAGAGGGACGCGGAGGGCCCCUCCAAGCCCAAGGUGCCAUGCUCCCCGGAGAAACGCUGCUACCGUGCCGAGUCUCCUGCCUCCUGCUCCCCCCCUGACUCGCCUCCCUCGCCCGGCUUCGAGUUCCGCCCGUCGCCACGGCCCGACCUUUCGGCCCUCCCGGCCGGAGACAUCCAGGCCCGAGCGCUUGCCAACCUGCGUCUCCAGUCUCGCAACUCCUUCAUGGUGAUUCCCCGGCGCCGUGGGCCUGUGGCCUCCCCGGGCAACACGGCUCCCUCAAGCCCCGUGCGCUCGCCACCCUCCCCCACCCCGCUUCUGAGCAUGGAGGAGGUGACCCCUGUGCCAAUCCCAGCCACCCCUCCGCCCACACCGCCCGUCUCCAAGAAGCUGGAGGGCGAGAGAGCCAUCAGGCAGGCCAAAGUAGAGCCCCCGGAAGCGGACCCUCCUGCCGGCGUCGAGCCGCCCGCCUCCCCGCUGCCACCCUUGCGGGGCAUGCCAGAGUCCCCGGCGACCGAGCACCUACCCGUCACCAACAUCGACGACGUCGAGGUGGGACCUCCUCGUCCUGCCCUAAGCCCCGUGGUGCAACGGCGAUCGGGCAACACCUUCACGGUGGUUCCGAAGCGCAAACAGGAGCCGCAGCCUAACUCUCCAGAGCCCCAAGAGCCCACCUCCGGAACCCCAGGCACCUCCACACCCCCUGGGGCCCCGUACAGCCAGCUGGGGUCCCUCUUGAAGAAACGGUACCCUGCCGUGGAGGAGAUCGAGGUCAUCGGGGGCUACCUCUCCCUCGGCCGCUCGUGCCUCUCAAAGACCGGAUCCACUGGCAAGAAGCAGCUGAAGAUCUCCUUCAACGAGACGAGCCUGUCCAGCACCUUCGAGUAUCCCUCGGAGAGCAGCCUGUGGGGCGACGAGGACGACGAGGACGACGAGGAGGAAGGAGAGGAGGCCAAGGUGGAGCACGCUGCCGUUCCGCGAUCCAGUUACACGAGCUCCCCUACGCAGACCACCAGCAGCGGCACUGAUCUGUCAAACUACACUCCGAAACACUCUGUAGACUUCAGCGUCUGGCAGGAACGCAAGAUGGAUGAAGCCGUUUUCCCCGGGGACUCGGAUUCCAGGCAGACAGAGUCGUCCACAGAGGAUGUGAUGCUCACUCCAGCAGACAGCGCGUCCCUCUCUGACUUCAGCAGCGAACCUGCUCUUUACUUCUGAAGCGAACGGCACCGCGGAGCUCCAGCCACUUCCUGCCAGCGGCAGCCCACGCGGCAGACGCGAUGCCACGGGGGGAAGACCCGGACGAACCGGGACCACGGCUCGACUGCAAGGUGACCUCGAGUUAGCCGCGAAGGAAAGCACAGCUGUUCUGCAGUCCAGACCCUACCGACCCCUCCAUCACUUCCCAACCUCAACGAGAGAUGGAACUUUUCUUGGCCUUUGUGAACAGAGCAGUAUGGUCUCCUAACAGUUGGACAGUUCAAAACGAACCCAUCCAUUUGAGCUGUCGUCAUUACCUGACUUCCCACUGGCAGGGAAGGUUCCACCAGGAUCCAGCUGUGAUUUUUAGAGUCUCCCAUCCAAACCUUUAAUUACCUCUUUAUGCAACCAUGCGUGUUCUGGAAGUUCUGGCUGAAAGACUUACAAAAGGCAGCUGGUCUCCUUUGACAAUGCAGAGGAGAUGUGCUUUCAGACACCAACGCGGGGAAUAUGUAGCAGCCAAGUUCCUCAAGCAGAGCCAGAGGUGAGCACCUGGAGGUUUGCGCGGUCUGCGAAUGUAAAGCAAACAUUCCACGUCAAGAACGGAUCAAGGGGGAAAGAGAGGAACAAACAGAAAAGCGAAGACGAAAACAGAGGACUUCAAUGCUGAAACGGUGCCACAAUACUAGCUGUGUUGUUUUUGUAUAUGCAUGCUCUGAUUUCUGUUCACCCCACAGCCCUACUGUACACCCUCCCGUGAGGAUCUCAUUUAAAAAAAAAAAAAAAAAAAA